GAAACACCAAAAACUCGCGCCACCGCGUUCACUUGAAGCACCCCACUCAAAAGGCAGCCAAGCGACGCAGCGAACAACACCCACCACUCCCCCUCCCCUUCCCCGCCUCUCACGCGCCCAAAACCUCGCACCUACAGCGAGACCCACACCGAAAAACCCGCCCACCAUGUCCUUCUUUGCCAAGCUCGGCUCAGACUCGAGCGACAACUCGGACUCGGAGGACGAGUCCCUCCGCUCCGGCUCCGAGGACGAGAAGCCCCAGCGCUCCAACUUCCUCCGUGGCGGCGAUGACAGCGAUGACAGCGACGACGACAGCUCGGACGAGGAGGAGGAGAUGAGCGACGACGACUCGGACUCGGACGUUGGCGGUGGCGCGAACAAGUUCUUGCGCGGCGCCUCGUCAGAUGAGGACUCGGACGAUGAGGACGAGAAGAUCAAGGUGCUGUCCGCCAAGGACAAGCGCUUCGCCGAGAUGGACGCCGCCAUCACCAGCAUCCAGAACGCUACCAAGUCUGGCGGUGCCGCCUCGGACUGGGUCGCUGCGUCGGCCGAGCUCGACAAGCUCAUCCGCUUCAUCACUCGCCACCAGACUUCCAUGACCGCCUCGGCCACCCCUCCUGCCGGCCACAUCCCCCCUGCCUUCCUCCAGACCAUCACCGAGCUCGAGAAGGAUGUCAACGACACGAUUGCUGGCGAGAAGUCGGCCACCAAGAAGAUGCCCGGUGCCAAGAGCAAGGCUCUCAACUCCAUGAAGCAGACGCUCAAGAAGAAGGCCAAGGAGUUUGAGGGUGUCAUUGCCCAGUACACUGCCGACCCCGUCGCGUACACUGCCGCGUACGACGCCGCCAACGUUCCCCCCAAGGUCGAGAAGGUCAAGGUUGCCCGCACCCCCGUCGCCGGCGAGGAGGGCCGCGACGACGACUUCACCACCAUUGGCCGCGGUGGUCGCCAGCUCAACCUUACCGCUGACGGUGUCUUCAAGACCCUCCGCGACAUCUUUGAGCAGCGUGGUAAGAAGAACACGGACCGUGCCGAGACUAUCCGUAUCCUCUCCAAGCUCCUCGAGGUCUCGGAGACGACGUACCAGAAGAUCCGCGUCCUCCUCGCCCUCAUCCCCGCUCGUCUCGACUACUCCCAGAACCUCGCCUCGAUCCCCCACGAGUCGUGGGUCCUGUGCCUCAAGGAGUUUGAGCAGCUCGUCACGCUCCUCCUCCAGCACCAGGAGUACGUUGUCAAGGACAACGUUGAGGAGUACGAUGACCUUGUCGAGCGUGUCCCCGAGAAGGCUGGUGACCGUGUUGCCGUUACCGGCAACCUUGUCAGCCUGCUCGAGAACCUCGACAACGAGUUCACCAAGACUCUCCAGCACACUGACGCGCACGAGCACGGUACCGAGUACAUUGCCCGUCUGCGUGAGGAGGCUCCCCUCUACGUCGCCAUCACCAAGGCGCAGGUGCUCUUCGAGCGUGAGAAGUGGGCCGACCAGACUGUCCGUGCCGUCAUGCGCCGCCUCGAGCACGUCUACUCCAAGCCCGACUCGAUCGUCGACCACUUUGAGGCCGCGGUCGCCCAGUCGGUCGCUGGUCUCCAGUCUGAGAUUACUCCUUUCGGCGUCCAGCGCGACGCCAGCGCCCUUAUCCACCUCCUCUGCGUCUACAUCUACCACUCGGACGCUCCCCUCCUCCGUGCCCGCGCCAUCCUUGCCCACAUCUUCAACCACGCCAUCCACGCCCGCUACCACCAGGCACGCGACCUGCUCCUCAUGUCCCACCUCCAGGACACGAUCCAGCACGCCGACGUCACCACCCAGAUCAUGUACAACCGUGCUCUGGUCCAGCUUGGUCUCGCUGCCUUCCGCCGUGGCUUCAUCAACGAGUGCCAGCAGCUCCUCUCGGAGAUGUUCCAGACCCAGCGCCAGAAGGAGCUCCUCGCCCAGGCUGUCCAGCGCUACAACCUCCAGCUCUCGCCCGAGCAGGAGCUGAUCGAGAAGCGCCGCCUCCUCCCCUUCCACAUGCACCUCAACAUUGAGCUCCUCGAGGCUGCCUACCUCACCUCGUGCAUGCUCGUUGAGAUCCCUCUCCUUGCUUCGGUCGACACCGAGGAGCAGCGCCGCCGCAUCGCUUCCAAGACGUUCAAGCGUCUCCUCGACCUUGCCGACAAGCAGGCUUUCAUGGGUCCUCCCGAGAACACUCGUGACCACAUCAUCAAGGCCUCCAAGGCCCUCCAGGCUGGCGAGUGGGAGCGUGCCCGUGACCUCAUCCUCUCCAUCAAGAUUUGGCAGCUGCUCGACGACGUCAAGGACGUCGAGACGAUGCUCGCUCGCCGCAUCCAGGAGGAGGGCCUGAGGACGUACCUCUUCACCUACGCCCCCUACUACGCCUCGCUCUCCCUCGCCCACCUUGCCGCCACCUUUGACCUUCCCCAGCAGACCGUCACGUCGAUCAUCUCGCGCAUGAUCUACACUGACGAGCUUGCCGCCUCGCUCGACCAGAUUGACCAGGUUGUCGUCUUCCACCGUGUCGAGCAGACCGAGGUUCAGCGUCUUGCCCAGCAGCUCGCCGAGCGCGCUGUCCUCAUGGUCGAGCAGAACGAGAAGACGCUCGACGUCAAGCUUGGCCAGGCUCCCGGAAACGACCGCACGACCAACCGCGACGGACAAGCAGCUGGCGGAUCUGGCGGACGACAGGAGAGGAGAGGAGGAGCGCGUGGCUCAUACCGUGGCCGAGGAAACCGCGGACGUACAGGGUUCAACAGCGGUCUUGGAUCGCGACGAGUGGCUGCCUAGGCGGCCGUAUAGGUGUAGCGUAGAAGUUGCAUGCACGUAUCGGGGAUUG